CUCUAAAUAUGAACUCCAAAGCUCUUUUUUCUCCUAUCAAAGUUGGUAACAACUUACUCAAGCAUCGUGUUGUUCUCAGCCCAUUGACCCGAUUCAGAGCCUCUCCUGAAGCCGUCCCUACUGAUCUUAUGGUUGAAUACUAUAAGCAAAGAUCGAGUGAUGGUGGACUUUUGGUUUCUGAAGCUACCUUUAUUGACCGUCUUGCUGGUGGCUACCCACGUGCUCCUGGUAUUUACAACAUAGAGCAAAUUGAAGCCUGGAAGAAGGUUACAUCUGCCGUUCGUGAAAAGAAGGCCAGCAUUUUUCUUCAACUAUGGCAUUUAGGCCGUACUGGCUCCAAAUACUUGAAUCCCAAAGGUGAGCAAAUUGUUUCUGCUUCUGCUAUUGCUAUUGAAGGUAAAAACAUGAGUGGUGGUGACUACGAAGUUCCUCAUGCUCUUGAAAUUGAUGAGAUCAAGGCCAUUGUGGAGCAGUAUCGUCAAGCUGCUCUGAACGCUGUAAACGAGGCUGGAUUUGAUGGUGUUGAAAUUCAUUCUGCUAGUGGAUACCUCCCUGAUCAAUUUAUCAACAGUAGCAGUAACAAGCGUACAGAUAUCUAUGGUGGAUCGAUCGAGAACCAAUGUCGAUUUGUGCUUGAAGUGAUUGAUGCUGUUGUCGAGGCCGUUGGUGCUGAACGUACUUCUGUUCGAUUUUCCCCCGGUAGCGCUAUUCAAGGUAUGCAAGAUGAUACUGUUGAAGAAACUUGGGGUUACAUUACUAGGGAAAUCCAAAAAAAGCAUCCUCAAUUAGCUUAUCUUCAUUUCAUUGAACCUCGUGCCAAUUUCAUGUCAGACGUCGACACGCCUUCUCCUGACUCACUCAAGUCUUUCCGUGAUAUUUGGCAAGGUCCUUUUGUCACCUCAUCUGGAUUUUCCACUGCCCGUGAUCAUGCCAUUGACUUUGCUGAAAAGACUGGUAGUUUGAUCUCAUUUGGUCGUGCUUUUAUUGCUAAUCCUGAUCUUCCUGACCGUUUGCAAAAUGGAUGGGAAUUUAACAAGUAUGAUAGAAGUACUUUUUAUAGCAACGAAGCUAAGGGAUAUACUGAUUACCCUUUCUACGAUAACAAGAACUAA